AUGUCGAAGCGAACGGAGCUACGUACUGCGAAGGGUGUGGCAGAUCGCCGUCCGGUGGAGCUUGCUACGUCGGCGGCCCCAUCUGGCCCCCCACUUAUGACGGACCACGCAACGAAUGAGGACAUGAUGGAUAUCGCUAUGGAUGCGCUUACAGUUCCGCUUCCGGAGUCGGAAGAAGACGAGCCGUCGGGCGUACCACCGCCUCGUCGGCAAUCCGGCAAAAGCAGAAGAGAAGACGAUACAGCCCCUACCGGCGGGCGCAGCUCCCCGGUUGAGAAGCGAUCGAAACAAACGCCUGCUGACGAUGCUGACGGAUUCACUCGCCCGAAGCGACGGCAUACAGCGCGACGGCGGGUGCUGUCCACCCACGAGCCGGCAUCCACUGCCAACACUUUUGCGGCCCUUGAGGAUGCCCCUGAGGACCCGCCGCGCCCUUCCACGGCGCCAAGGAGGGAUGCGCCACUUCCGCCGAUCGUUCUGAAAUACGAAGGGACCUUCCGGCAGCUGCAGCAGCUUCUCAAUAGCUGGACGACGGCAGUCUACAAUGUGAAGGUCGCCGGACGAGACAUGUACAAGAUUACGCUGCGCUCAGCAGACGACUACCGACGCGUAACGCAGGAGGCGUCUGAAAGGGCAAUCCCUUUCUUCACUCACGCCACCACACCGGACCGCGUCCUGAAGAUUGUCAUCCGCUACCGCGGCUGUGAAGCUUGGAGACGCGCCAGUGCUCGUCAGCGCGGCCAGCCAGUCGCCGCGAAACAGAAGAAGUCUGCCAAGGCUGAACCUACAAUCUCCCACGCCACGGUUGUCGCCAGAGGACUGGCGCCCCGCCGACCCAACAGCGAUGACGCCGACCAUGCAGGCCCUCAGGCACGUCGCCGCAAUGGCGACUCACACACCCGAGAUGUUUUUGAAGACGCAGGGGCACGCCAUCCACUACUAAACUGCGCCACUCCACCUGCGCAGAAUUCGUCGGACCCGGAACCGGGCCCCUCCUCUGCUGCCCUACCCGUGACGUCUGAUGCACGCCCCCAACGCCGCGGCGGCCGGCGCAAGACGGGGGGUCGCACAACCAACGCUCCAGAGGAAGCCACAUACAGUGGCGAAGAGGUGGCCACUUCCGUCGGCGCCAGAGACGAUACGGCUCCUGCCGCCUCCGCCACGGACAUCGCCAGUCUGAUUACUCAACUCACCGCGCUUGUGGCGAGCACGACCAAACUGCUUGAUGUCCUCACGCAGCACCUGACCGCUGCACAGAAGAUUGCCGCUCCGGCAGCCACCAGACGCUCCUCCAUUACUCAUUAUGGGAAGUCGCUGCCGCGCAGGCAGGUAGUCCCGGCCGCUGCACCCCAGCAGCGCCAGGCUCCCCUCCCUGCAGCGACCCAGCGCGUCGCGGACCAAUCAGCGCGAGCCUUCCCGGCCCCGCCGGCACGCGCAGUGGACCAACCACCGGCAGCCGCGCCUAACCUUGCGAGCCCGAAGGACUUCCCGGAGCCAAGAUGGCGGCGUCCCACGGCGCCCCGCCAUACUGUCGGCGCCCGACAAGAUGGCGGACAAAUGGAGACCAACGCGCGCCAUGUUGUCGGCGGCAACGCUGCCAAUGAAGCCCGCGUGGAGCGGAUGCUCAGCUGCAUGGAAACAAUGAUGCAGCAGAUGACUGAGCUCCUGGCCGUGGUGCAGAAAGUUGCAUCCGCCAUCCAACCACGCAGCCAUCAUGCCUGA